AUGCAACAACAGGGCAUUUCCCGGGAUUCGGAGGUCGAACCAAAGCGCCACCGGGACUCCCCGCCGCCGUCGCCGAAACCAGCGAAGAUAUUGAGAACCGCUGAAGAAAGGGGAGGGGAGAGGGUAGGAGAAGAGGCCGAAGGUGAGGAUCGUUGCCAGCCUCUAGAAUCGAGGAACAUGAGCCAGAACCCUAGGGUCCAAAGGUACCUGGUGGCAGUGGAGUACAUCGGCACGCGUUUCUCCGGCUCUCAGCAGCAGCCCAACUGUAGGACUGUCGUCGGUGUUCUGGAGGUAAGUUUUGUCUUCUCGCCGGCGUUUAUGCGCUUAUCUGUUCUCUUCCCCGUCCUCCAAGCUACAUUAACGAGCUUUCUCUGCCAUUGCUUUUAAACUUAUCAGGAGGCUUUUCAGAAGUUCAUUGGACAGCCUGUUUCAAUAUUCUGCUCUAGCCGAACUGUAAGUUGUGAAGCGAAAGCGUUCAUGUUGAAUCUUUUAUUUUUACUUUAAACACUAGGCCAAGAAAACAGGAGAAUGAAGAGUACGUCUAGAACAAUGUCGUAAUCUGAUUUCAUAAUUGAGUGUAAGGAGAAGAAGGUGAUGUCUAUCUGAAAUAAUAUGAAAAUUAUUAUAACAUAGAUAGCUAUUGCUUAACGGGCGACAUCUUGUCGACCAACACGUUUUAGAUAGAUGGAAGAAAGGUUGGAUUAUUGUGGUUGAUGAUUUCGUUCGUCUAACUUUACCUGAAGCUUCAGUCAAUAAACAGGAGAAGAGCUACUUCGAAAGUGAUAUAUUUUCCAGUGGAGCUGGAAUUUAAAAGAAAAACGAUAAACUUCAUUUAACUAUUUUUCAUUUCCGUCAUUCUUGUCAAAAGAGUAGUCCUUGUGUUCAUUGGGAAUAUGGAAAAAGUCCUAUAUAAGAAGAGGUCACCCUGAAUAUGUGAGGGUCGGUCUAGUGGAUUUUCUCAAGCUGUUUCUCAUCAUGUGAUAUUCUUCGAAAUACUUUCUAACAAAAAGGUUGGUUUUUGUGAAUGCAUGUACAUGGGGAUGGCUCUAUCCUUCACAGGUAUCCAGUUGAUCUUUUCUUUUGAAGAAUCAUUCGUUUUGUGUUGUCAUCAGAUAGAAAUGCUAAAGACAUGCUAAUUAAUGAAAAGUGACCAGUUUUUAGAUGAAGACCAAUCAUUCAUGCAUUGCGACGAUCUGACCCAAGACCUAAAACCAAGUAAUUUUUUUUUUGAAAUUCCAAUUCCCCUACAUUAUGUACUUCUGUGUGAUUAAGGUACCCUUAAAACAAAGUACGAUAUAUACUUACUUGCCCCUUAGUUGCCAUACUUAAUAGUGUUGACUAUUUACCCCAAUGCUGUGUUUUGAUCCGUAUCUGCAUAACGACUAAUCGUUUGCACAUUUACUAGAUUCAUCUCGAGGUUGUGAUCUCAAUACCUUGCAAAUGUGCUUGCUGUCCGGCUUUUAUAUUGGGGUUUACCUUGGACUCUUCUUUAGCAACAGCCUUGGAUCCUGUGUGACAACUGGUCGGCGGAGUUAGACAUGGUUUAGCAGCCUAAAAUUUUAUAAUUUUUUUAACACGGUUAUAAAUAAUGAACGCAUCUAGUUCAAUAUUUGUGCUGUCAACAGCUUAGGAUUCGGAACCUGCUAAGUGUUGGGCGAACUAGGUGCAUCACAAGUAAAUCCUUCCAAGGAAUACAAUGAUUACUUCGUCAAUGAAGGAAAUAUCUAAAUCUAUUCAGACACUAUUUUGUACACGCAAUGCAUCGUCUAUUUUUUUUCUGUUUUAUUUUUUGUGGUUAUGUUGAGAAGACAUGAUUCUUUACUGUGAACGUGAGCAUGAGGCAUUUUUUCUCAGGAUGCAGGUGUGCAUGCUUUGUCAAAUGUUUGCCAUGUGGAUGUGGAGCGUAUAAGCAAAAAGAAGCCAGGAGAAGUGGUAUUACAUGCUUUGUUUAUUUCUUUAAUAUUUUAUUUUCUUCUUUCCUUGACAAUAAGAAGGAAAAACGGUCAAUAUUUUUCGUUUUAAUAUUUUCAUAAAUAAACUAUGAGGAUUAUACUUGCAACAAAGACCAUAUAUUACUCUUUGGCAGCCUUUUUUAGAGUAUCUUUCUUUAGUUCCGAGUCUGUCAAUAAAACCACUCAAAUGAUCAUCAUCUGCAGUACUGUCCCCAAACUGAUGCAAUGGAAGGGGAUUGGUGUGACGAAGCAUUUCCCCCUUAACUAAUUUUGCCUAUUUGAUCAAUGCUGUUUUUAUAUUGGAGAGUACUUUGAGGAGUUCAUUGAGAUUGCCAUGUCCCUGAUGUAUUUAAGAAGAGGUUAAAUAAACUGACAAUCAAUCUGGCUUUGUUGUGCAUGUGAACAUGCUGGCUCCAAUGAAGAGCCAAGAAAGAGCUCAACAAGCUUCACACGAAAAGAAGUACGUGCAAGGCUUGUGAACCCAACAGCCGCUGUCAACUCUUAAAAUUGAAGGAAAAUGGUUUUCGUACAUGGGGAAUUGAAGGAUAUCUAUGAGUAUCCUGUCAUAGGUAAUUUGUCUGCGUUAGCAGAAAACUUGCAGGCUAAAUGCAGAUGAUUUCUUUCUUGCUGGAUGUGCUUCAUAGUUUGUCUAUAAAAAGGAACACGGUCCUUCAUUUCAAAGGAAACUUAACAAGGUGAAAAGUUAGAAAAUUUUCAGGUAAAAUGCACGUGAGAUAUGGAUAGCUUGACUCCCAUGUUCUGUUAUAUUUGAAGAGAUUGAUGGUUUGUAGAUCAGUACACAAAUACAUUGGUGACCAUUUAAGGAGACAGUUGUAACAUCUGGGAAAAAAGUAAGUCAACUGAAGGGCACAUGUUUAGUUGAAUUUAUCCUGUUGGGACUCCAUGAGAAUUAUGUUCAAGUGAUAAUCUUUGGAUAUAAGCCUCUGAAAGGUUCAUUGGACAGCAAUAGAAUGAAAGUUCCACUAUAAGGGAUCGAUAAACUUAGUAGGCUCCGAACAUAUCAUUAGCAAUUAUCUUUGGUCACGAGAAGAAAAUUAGUUGUAUAAUCUCACUUUUCUAUAUAUUGGUAGCAAGAAACAAUUCUUACUAAGCAAUGUGUAGUAUCGCCAUUAGUGGUGUAGCCUCAUUUGUAGUCUAGCAUUCUACGUCUAAUCUCGUUAACUGUUGAUGCCUUUUCAAUGCAGCUAUUGCCCCAUGAACCUGGAGUUGUUAGAAGAGCUGUUAACCAUUUUUUGCGGGUGAAUACUCUUGGCCUUCCUUUUUUUGUAUGUUUGGAAUCUUCAGAAAUACUUUUGAUAUUUUUUUAUGGUUUUACAUUGAUUAUCCUAGUUUUGAUGCCAUAUAUAGUUUCUUACUUUAUCAGUUGAGAGAAUGCUUGUCACUGCUACACAAUAAUAACCAGUGCUAGAAUGUUUAUGGGCAUGCCGUACAAUUUCUGUCACUGUUGUAGUGAUUGGACUUUCAUGUCCAUCACUGGUGUAAUUUACAUGAGAUGAAGGUUCUGGUCUACAUAGUUUUAGUAUCACCACAAGUUCUCUUUUUCUCCUUAAUCAUUUUUUGACGUAUCAUAAUAUGAUGCUUAUUUUGCUUGAUGACAGAAGAAUGAAGGUGAUAUAACGGUGGUCGAUGUACGCUGUAUUCCGUCUGAUUUUCACGCUAGAUUCAAGGCCCAAGAACGAACGUAGGUAUCAGAUAUUUGUACAGAAAAGCAUGUUCAAUUAAGAAAAAAUACAUUUAAGGCUGGAGAGCUGAUUGUCACACCUUACGAGUAAGAUCUAUUGUAGAAACGAAUCAGAAAAAAAUGAAAAACUUGUUCCCGAGCCUGGGUUUCUUCCGGAUAAUCUGAUCUUGUUUUCCAACUCUGAAUAAUCAGUCAUAUGGAAUACUGCCUUUGCUUGUUUGGUAUAAUUAAAUUAUUAUAGUGCUUCGAGUAACAUUUUUUGUGUUAGAUAUCAUAGUUAAUGAUGCUUGUGCUUGGUGUGGAAAAAAUGAUUGUUGGCAUCAUUACUAAGUAAAUGAACACCUAUUCAUAAAUUCUGUUGUAUUUCGAUGCCUCUCUGCCCUUCAUAUUUUGGUCGACUUUAUCUAAUGAUGGCAUCAUUACUAAGUAAAUAUACUCUCUCUCUAUCAGCAUACAAUCAUUUUUUUUAAGGUAGGAUGGAUGGGCGGAGCUAAUAAUAUAAAUAAAUGAACAUUCCAAAUUGAGUGGCUUGGUCUUAGUUCAAAAUUUAUGUGCAACAUUCCAAAAUCUUUCUCAAAUCAAGGAGUUCAGUCCUCUUUGUUGAAGGGUUUAGUGUCUGCUCUCUGUUGUCUCACUAGAAUCAGUGAUUAAUGGCAUUCUUCUUAAAUUUAGGGUAUAAUGACUUUUUUUUAUUCCAUUUGUAGAUAUUUCUAUCGAUUAUUGUCCGGACCAGAACCAUUAUCUGUAUUUGACAAAGAACGAGCUUGGCAUGUGCCCGAGGAACUGGACAUUCUUGCCAUGAAGGUUGUUUGCUUUACUAUACUAUUUAAAGAGCAUUUAGGACGAGUCAACUGAGUGGCAUUAUGUUAAAUCUACUGCAGAAAGCAUGUGACGUACUGAUGGGAUGCCAUGAUUUCAGCUCAUUCAGGGCAGCCGGCUGCCAGGUAUGUUCAAGACGAAUAAUAUAGAGUCAUUUUAUCAUAUUAUCCUGUUACUUUUGUGGUUGUUACUAACCAGUCCAAAACCCACGUGAUUUCUUCUUUUACGACGUGUGAAUAAAUAAUCUUCAUGCAAAAGCACUUAAACGCGUCAUCGAUAAAUACUCUUCACAUAAUGUACUGAAAAACCUUCGGAAGAGUUGACCUUAGUUGUCUCUGUUUGCAUAUUUUUUUCUGUAUUUUAGCUGUUGAACACCUGGCCAGCUUUUGCUCUCUUUCCAUUUUAUCCACAGGCAAACUCGCCGAUUAGAACCCUAGAUGAGCUCCACGUUUGCGAAGUACUUCCAUCUUUGUCCUUCCCAUCGAUUAAGGAAAGGGAACAGAUGGGAUCGUUGAGGGACUCACUUCCUCCCCUACCCAAACAAUGCCAAACUGGCGCAGAUGCUUCCAUGGCCGGGUGUGGUGCAGAGGGCGAUCAAGAAUUUGGGGCGAGGAAAAGGCAUCGUUGCUACAUCAUAACAGCUAGGGCACGCUCCUUCCUUUACCACCAGGUACCCAAUGCUCUCUUCUGUCCUCAUUCACUGGCUUAUUGUUCGACCUUUUAGAUAAUGAUGCAAUGCAACUGUACAUCUGGGUAACCUGGAUUACACACAUUUGUACUUUAGAUAGAACAAUAAGUUGAUUUCAUUUUGGUCUUGAGGGACACCCGUUGACUCUUCUCAAUCUUCAGUGAUGCUCAUUCUAUGGAAUCAUCCACAAUCGGAGAGUUCUGUUGACUUUUCUGCCCACUUUUCUCAGGUCAGACUGCUUGUGGGUGUUCUGAAAUCUGUUGGAACAGGACAGCUAACCAUUAGCGAUGGUCUGCUCCCCCAUUAAUUCACCACUUUUCGAGCUUUAAAAAUUCCUCCCAUUUAAUUCCAAAAUGGGUAAUGUUCAUUCUUUUUCCUCUCUUUUUCUUUCAAUGGAUGCAGUCAAGAGAAUUCUGGAUGCGAAGACGGUGACUGCCGCCGCUCCCAUGGCUCCUGCUUGCGGUCUUUACCUGGGGAGUGUGAAGUAUGACCUGCCUUGA